AUGCAACUUGAAUUGAAACCUUUCAAAGAAGCAACUAAAGAACACUAUCAGCUUUUGUUGGAUGCUGACCCUUCUAAGGAGGCCAUUUCGAAAUACCUAGAUCGCAGCUUUUGUUUUGAAGCGAGAAAAGGUACAGAUCUUGUAGGGGUCUUCAUUCUCCUACCGACGAGACCUGAUACUGUAGAGAUUGUCAACGUUGCUGUUGCAGAAACUUACCAAAACCGAGGUAUUGGCACCCAACUGCUUGAAGCGGCGUUGAGAUGGGCCGCAGACAACAGUUACAAAGUAGUUGAGAUCGGAACAGGAAGCACAAGCUUUGGGCAACUAUACCUGUAUCAAAAAUGUGGUUUUAGAAUAGUAGGAGUCGACUCUGAUUUUUUCAUCGAACACUACAAGGAGCCAAUUAUUGAGAACAACCUGAGGUUACGUGACAUGAUAAGAUUGCGUAAAUAUCUCUAUUAG